UAAAAGCCAAACGAGAAAACAGUACAACCAAAGGCAUGGAGGAUAUGAUGGAAGGAUCAUGGGACAGAAAAAGUAGGGGACAAUCAGAAGAAGAAGAGGAGGAACAAGUGUUGAAACUCCCAGGGUUUAGGUUUCAUCCGACUGACGAGGAGCUUGUUGGGUUUUAUCUCUCUAGAAAAGUACACCUCAAGAAACCCAGCAAGAUCGAUGAGAUCAUCAGCCAAAUCGAUAUCUAUAAAUUCGAUCCAUGGGAUCUUCCUCGGUCGAGGAAUACGGAGAAGGAGAGUUACUUCUUUUGCAAGAGAGGAAGGAAGUACAGAAACAGCAUAAGACCGAACCGAGUGACUGGUUCCGGUUUCUGGAAAGCCACAGGUAUCGACAAGCCUGUAUAUUCCGAUGGAUCAAGCAAGGCCGUGAUCGGUCUAAAGAAGACACUCGUUUAUUACAUCGGAAGCGCGGGAAAAGGCAGCAAGACAGAUUGGAUGAUGCACGAGUUUCGUCUCCCCACGGCCAAUGACACCAUCCCCGGUGGCCCAACCAUUACAAACCCUACUCCCUCUUCCUUGCUACAUGCUGAAGUGUGGACGUUGUGCCGGAUAUUCAAGAGGAAUGUGUCUAGUCGAAAAUACACUCCGGACUGGAGAGAGUUAGCAGGUGGGAAACGCGUGACGCCGACGCAACAAUCAAAGUAUCAAGAAGCUUAUAUCAGUUUUGGUGACAAUGAAAGUAGUAGUAGUAACAAUAAUAUCAACGUUGUGGAAGGCAAAAGGAAUAAUUAUGAGAGGAACGUUUUCCAGCUUCAACAAACGCCUCAGCAUCAACAUCAGCAGCUCAUUGAUCCCAUGGACACUGCUACACAAGUCGAUACGGUUCCACGUUUCUUAAACGAUAACAUUCACGACAUAACGUACGAGAACUGGGACGAGCUAAGAUCGGUUGUGGAAUUUGCGUUUGGCCCGUCUUCAACUAGUUAG